AUAUUCCAGUUUUGUUGCCGCGACUUUGUUGAGAGGAUGUUCCGAUGAUUUUCAAAUAGGCGCGUUCGAAACGACAAUAUUUUCCAAACAAGCCAGGCCACAAGAGGGCUCAGACCGGAAAAACCACAAUUUUUCCGGCAGAAAUCCGGACAUUUUCAGUGAAUUUGUUGUCAUGUGUCAUUCGAUGUGUUAGUGAUCAAGCGCGGAAUUGUGUGAAUUACGUUGAAUUCUGAUUAAAUAUUUAAACACGUGGAUUGUAAAUAAGCCGCAGCUGAUCGAAGUAUAGGAUGACAGCACCGAGAGGUGGCUUUGUUUCAGCAGCGCCGUCAUGCCCGCGGCCAUUCUGCGGCUGACCAGAAGCUGGGGAAGAGCGACGUGGGGGCCGCUUAAGCGAUGAGCCGGUGGCCGAGUCGCUCAUGGACCUCCCCACGACGGUGCAGGUGUAUUUCAGCGUGGGGCAGCGCCACGAGGCAGCGCUUUUCCGCUCCGACUCGCCCGCGGAACAGAUUAAAGAUUUGUUCAGAUCUGCCUCCGAGGCUGGUCCCCGGGACAUUCUGAAACUGUACAACACCUCCGGUCAGUUGUUGAACAUCAGUGGAGAUUUACCUCCCAACACACCUGACAGCAGGUACUCUCUGCAAGUGGUGGCCGCCAACGGCUUCGCUAUGCUUCAGGAAUCAACCGGAAGCAGUCUAAAAGCUCUGGAAGCUCGAGUAUCCGCCAUAGAAAGACAGCUACGAUCCGAACUGCCGCUGCCUCCUGCCGUCGAAGAACUCCAGAGACAAGUGGAGGAAUUCCGGGAAAAACUCGAGACUACGGAGAGUCUGAGCUGGCUCGGAUUCUACAAGCAGCUUCCGGAACCCGUCUCAAGUGAAGAGUGCCGCCGUCUCCAGUACCGGCGAAAAAGCGACUCGGUGAAAAAAAGAGUGAAGCAAAACUUCACGAACAUUUGUGAAGCUCAAGUUUCGGAUGCGAUUCGACAGUGGUUGAGAACACCGACGUUCGACGCUAGGCCCUGGGAAGACGAAGAAUUGCUCCUCCUGCUUCAACAAAUGUAUCUCGAUUAUGAUCUCUGUUCAAAAUUUGCUAUAGACAUAAAUACGCUUAGAAAUUUCCUCUACGAAGCCUACAAGAAUUAUAACGACGUGCCCUUUCACAAUUUCAGACAUUGUUUUUGCGUCGCACAAAUGAUGUACGCCAUAUCUUGGAGUGUGGAUUUGCCCUCUAAAAUCGGCGAUUUGGAAGUUUUGAUUUUGCUAACAUCCUGCAUCUGCCACGAUUUGGACCAUCCCGGUUACAAUAACAUUUACCAAAUCAAUGCAAAGACCGAACUAGCGAUCCGUUAUAACGACAUAUCGCCGUUAGAGAAUCACCACUGUAGCGUGGCAUUCAGGAUACUCGAAAACGAAGACUGCAACAUAUUUAAGUCUUUCAAAAGCGAGGAUUUCAAAACAGUUCGCGAGGGCAUCAUUAGGUGCAUAUUAGCCACUGAUAUGGCUCGACAUAACGAAAUCCUCACCAACUUCAGGGAGAUUACGCCAAAUUUUGACUAUAACGACAAAGCUCACGUUAAUCUACUUUGUAUGGUCCUUAUCAAAGUGUCGGAUAUAUCGAACGAAGCGCGGCCGAUGGACGUGGCGGAACCGUGGCUUGAUAGACUCCUGCAAGAAUUCUUCAAACAAAGCGACGCCGAGAAACUCGAAGGGUUACCUGUCACCCCGUUCAUGGACAGGGAGAAAAUAACGAAACCCUCGUCUCAAUGUUCAUUUAUCGGCUUCGUUCUUCUCCCUUUGUUCGAGGCGUUGGGAGACUUACUUACUGAGUUACAAGAUCUCAUUGUUCAACCGGUUAGGGAAGCACUAGAAUAUUAUAGAAGAUUAAAUGAAGCUACGAGAGAGGAGAGACUUCACAGGAAAAGUAUAGUAUCUGAAUUGACGGACCAGCACACGCCAUCCACGCAAAGCCCCGAUAGUGCCGUUACUGUUCCCAAAUCGUUUUCGAAUGCCAGUGUUAAGCUAAAAAAGAGUCUCAGCUUCCAACAAAACAGGUCGAGAUCAAGGUCCACCGACGAAGACACUGAACAGAGCUUCGGCAGCGGCAAUAUGAUCGGCGAGGAGCAAAGUCUCGAAGACGUCGUUGAAGACCCUGAAAGCGGCGAAUCCGAAACUGCCACCGAAGUCGAAGUUUCGGAAAAGGCCCUAAAAUUCAAAAUAUCGACCGAAAGCAGCGUCGGCACCGGUCGAAAAAGCUACCCCGGAUCCAGAAAAGGUAGUCGGGAACGAGUCCAACACUUCAACAGCUCCGAACUCGCCCGUAUGAUCCAAAAGGGUAAACUCCGGUCAGCCGGAUUCAGUUUCGACCAACACUGCAUGGUGGGCAACAAAAAAUUAUCAUUCGACACUCCGGAGUUCUUGGACGAGUACGCUUUAACUCUGAAGAAACGACUAGAUGACCAAUCGGAUAGCGAAGAAGAGAAGUUGCGCAAAGAAGAUGAAUGCGUGGUUUCGAAGGAGACUCUUAAUUUGAACAAGAGGAAUUCGGAGCAUCUGGUGAAGAUUCCUUCCAAUUUGGAGGAGAAAAAAAGUAUUCUAAAGUGUUCUGACAAUAAAUCUUUCACGAACGCGGACAAACUUCGGAUGAACAAUGUGAAGUCUUCCUUGGAAGACGAUGAGGAGAAAUUGAUUGUCAACAACCGGAAGAAUAGUAUUCAAUCGCGAGUGAACAAUACCAGUGAUAACGUUAACAGUAUUUCCUCUGAUAAGGACGAAGUGAAAAAAGUGCAAGCAAGUGGGAGUCCCAAAAACAGUCGCUCGAUUUUCACACGUUUCCGGCAGUUUACCGACCGGUUCGGUCUCUCGGUGGACAAAGACUCGAAAGUGAAGCACUCGAAAAACAACAACAGCACCCGCAACCCCUUUCCCCACAAGAAGAAGAAGUUAGAGACGCCCUGUUGCCGCAGCUUGGAGGAGGUCGGCAGAGCGAGCACCCUUCCCAAGACCAAGAACAAGAAAGCGUGGAAGUUUCUGGUGUUGGGCAAGGAGAAGGACAAGUUGGAGGGGUGGGCGUCGGACGCCGCAGUGGAUAAGCUAGCUGUGGUCUCCACCGAAACCGACAAUCAAUCUUUACCGUCUACCUCACAACUGCAAAGUAAUUGCGCAAGUCCUAAAACGCAAUUUGAAAAGUUGGAAAUUGUAAGUUUGAAGGAAUUCAAAGUGGAGACACCGGUGGAGGCGACGGAGAAAAAAGGGGAAAUACUUCUAGUUGAAAAGGGUAAAGAGGGCGGAUUAAUUUGACAAGAGAUUAAUCCCCCCGAAAGGGAGAGUUUUGCUAGAUACAUUUUCUGUCGGUGUUGUAAAUAUAAACCAAAUGUAAGAAAUAAUGUGUAGGAUGUUUUCGUUCUGUUUAUUUAUUUAUAUUUAUUUUUUCGUUCGAUUUUUAUUAGAAUAACUGUGUACGCGUCUAGUGCAUUGUAUCUCCGGACAUAUCCCUUCAAUAGAAUAAUUAAUAAUAAUCAAAAGUGGAAUUUUAUCCGAUUUUUUUAACAUGGCACACAGGGAGAAAGGAAUUUGACAUUUCGCACAAGAAAUGUGUUUACAUGACUGUUAUAUCAUAAAGGUACAAAUGAGAUUAUCCAAAUUAAAAGGCACAAUAUUUCGUAUUAGAUAUAAGUUGUAUAUUCUCAGUCAAUUCUUUUUCUUGUAAUAUUAUUUAUUGAUUACAAUAGUGAAUCAUUAUGUUUUAUAAUAAAACAGAUUUUGUAACAUUUUUUUAUAAGAUAUUGUUUGUAAAAGAUAUUUAUAAAUUUUUAAUCAUGUGAUUCUAGUCUGAUAAAAAUGAUAUUUAGUUUAAUAUUAUUUUUAUGUGUGCAUUUACUAGGAUUAGGAAAAUCUUUAAAAUAUUUUCGUACCAGAUACGUUUGUGGUUAGUUACUAUUUUUCUUUACCUCAUAGUUUUAAAAAUGUGCUGGAAAUUGAUAGUGACGAUCUGGUGCUAAAAAUUGAAAAACAAUUUGUUGUUAACAGAGAUUGUUGGUUAUCUUAUUUGUUUUUUAUUGUUUUCUAUUUUUUUUUUUUUCUAAAAUAUGAGGACCACUGAAGCCUGUAAAAUCCUUUUUAUCUUCUAAAGAGAAAAUCUAUAUUCUUCCUAUUGCUAGUUGAAUAAGUGAUAUAUUUAGAGAAUAACACUAAAAUAUUUUACUUAGAUUAUAAUAUGUCCAUAUGCCAAUGUAAAAUAAAAGAUAUUGAUUAAAUGUCUAAA